AAAUAUAUUCACAAACAAAAAACAUUAUUUCAAAAAAAAAAUGGCUGAUUUGGAUUUACAGAGGAAUAUGGUAUCUCCCAAGCUACACGUCACCAUUCCGGAGCCGUGUUGUAACAUCUCCUCCGUCUCCUCUCCAAUAUCCUCCUCUUCUUCAGCCGCUUGCUCUGCUUACGAGCUAUACCUCCGUUUGCCAGAACUUAGAAACCACUGGUCCUCUCUCGAUUUCCCUCACUGGAUCUCCGAGCCGGUUCUCAAACCAGCUCUUCAAGCUCUUGAGAUCACUUUCCGUUUAAUCCUCACCGUUGCUUCUGACACACGUCCGUACAUCAACCGCCGCGAAUGGAUCCGACGGUUGGAUUCGAUCUCCACGAGUCAGAUCAAAAUCGUGGCGGCUAUCUGCGAGGAUGAAGACAACGACGACGAGAACGUAUCGGCGGCUCCGGUCAGCAAUGGCUGGAGCUCGUUGAGCUUGCUUUCCGAGAUCGCCACGUGUCCUAUAUCGGAGAGUAUUGGACAGAAGAUUUUGUCUACGAUCGAGAAUGAGAUGCGUUGGUGUAAGUAUACGCUCGGUUUAGGAGAACCAAACCUCGCCGGAAAACCGUAUCUUCAAUACGACGCCGUUUGUCGCCCGGAGGAGCUACACAGCCUUAAGAACAAUCCUUACUCUGAUCACAUCGAGAACCAGGAGAAUCAAAUGCUCUACACUAUUCAUCAGAUUCUUGAAUCGUGGAUUUAUGUUUCUGUGAAUCUUUUGUAUCGGAUCGAAUCGAGAAUCGAAGAGGGAAAAUUCGAAAAAGCUUCUUCCGACGUGUACUUGCUGGAGAGAAUCUGGAAGCUUUUAACGGAGAUAGAAGAUUUACACAUUCUGAUGGAUCCUGAAGAUUUCUUGAAGGUGAAGAAACAGUUACAAAUAAAAUCAACUUCUCCAAACGACGCGUUUUGUUUCAGGUCCAAGGGUUUAGUAGAGAUGGCCAAGCUGUCGAAAGAGCUGAGACAGAAAGUGCCAGCUGUACUUGAGGUGGAGGUGGAUCCCACAGGAGGUCCGAGGUUGCAAGAGGCAGCGAUGAAGCUUUACUCAAGGAAGACAGAAUACGAGAAGAUACAUUUGCUUCAGGGAAUGCAGGCAGUCGAGUCGGCAGCGAAGAGAUUCUUCUUCGGGUACCAGAAGUUGGUUGCGGCCAUGAUUGGGAAUGCGGAGGCGAAUGCGAAUAGAACCGUGGCGAGUCACGAGUCGUAUGAUUCUCUAACUCAGGUGUUCAUGGAGCCGCCGUAUUACCCGAGCCUAGAUGCCGCAAAGACAUUUCUGGGAGAGUUCUGGAGCCAAUUGUGAUGCAAUGGAAGAUAUUGACACAGCAACUUAACAAACACUAUCAAUCUUA